AUGGCCGGCUCACCCAAUUCAAACCUACGAGGCUUCAACCACGCCGUACAAACCCUCCUCAAACAACCAACACAGUUCCUCCCACACCUCACAAUCCCAACAUUCACCCAUCUCCCCGAGAACCCAGGACCGUACUUGAUAAGCGCAAGGAAAGGAAUCCAACCUGAAAAGCCUCUGCAAACACCCACAAUCCGCGCUUUAGUCCUCGAUAAAGAUAAUACGCUUUGCGCUGCGAAAACAACAUCCUUCCCGCCGCAGAUCCUCGCUAAACUCUCCUCCCUCCGUACCUCGCCAACCUCCCCCUUCAACCAAAAGACAAACCCGCAUGCGAUCCUGAUCGUCUCGAACCGCGCCGGCAGCCACGCGAACUUUGACGGGGAAGUCUCUGAGCUAGAAGCGCAGCUUGCGCACCUGCGUAUUCCAGUCUUCCGGCUGCCGGUAGGCGCAGAAAAGAAGCCGUUUUGUGGUGACGAGGUUGUGCAGUGGUUCCGGGAGAGGGGAGUUGUUGAAUCUGCGCAUGAGAUUGCUGUUGUUGGGGACCGGCUUGGGACCGAUGUACUUAUGGCGGGGAUGAUGGGGUCGUGGAGUGUUUGGUGUAAAGAGGGGGUGUUUGAUGUUGGGAUGAAGGGGAAGCCGGAGCGGAACAUUCUGGAGAAGAUGGAGGUUUGGAUUGAAUGGUUCCUUAGAGAAAAGCGAGGGUGUGUUGCGCCUUUGCCGAUGGGGUGGGAGAAGCAAAAGCAGUUGUAG